AUGCAUCGAUACCGACGACCAAAUUAUUCCAACGUACCGAUGACCAAAUUAUUCCAACGUACCGACGACCAACUUAUUCCAACGUAUCGACGACCAAACAAUUCCAACGUAUUGACGACCAAAUUAUUACAACGUACCGACGACCAAGUUAUUCCAACGUAUCGACGACCAAAUUAUUCCAACGUACCGACGGCCAAAUUAUUCCAGCGUACCGACGGCCAAGUUAUUCCAACGUACCGACGACCAAAUUAUUCCAACGUACCGACGAACAAAUUAUUCCAACGUACCGACGACCAAGUUAUUCCAACGUACCGAAGAACCAAAUUAUUCCAACGUACCGACGGCCAAGUUAUUCCAACGUACCGACGACCAAAUUAUUCCAAC